AAAGAAAGAGACGAAAAGAACAACAAGUUCAGGUUUAAGAGCCCUCCUACAGGACAGCGGAGGAGGAGGUGUGUUUGAAUAUUUUCCACAAAUAGUCGAGCAGGGGUUAAUAGUCCCUCAUUUCUCAUGGAGCUCGGUGCCGCAGUGGGCGAAGUUUCCAGUACGCAUGGACGCAAACUGGCAGCUGCUUUCUUCCACAUCCUUAUACUUCAACCAGGAAACAACUUUCUGACUGAACUCCGUGUUGUUAUUUGUUAGUUUGUUUCACAACACCUGGCGGAUGAUUCGUUGAUUAUUUAACCCGCUAUCGCCGCAGUGGAGCCUUUUAGACUGAGGUGAGGUGAGGGAGGGGAGAAAGACGGACCCUUGCUAGUAACUUGUGUAAGAUGUGAGGUGUGUGCGUUGUUGGCUACAGUCAUCCAACGUGAUACCACUGGACGAUUUUCUACUCUCAAAACCCAAACUGAUCAUGGGCACGAUGUUUUUAAGAAGUCAGUGCGUUCUGGUUUUCUUCACUUUGUGUUUGCAAGAGGGAUUAUCUUCGGAGUAUGAGGCGCACCUCGGCACAGAUAUCCAUCUACAGAGAGUAAAACGCCAAAGCAAAGCAACAAAACCAGUGCUGAAGGUGACAGACUACCAUGUGAAGUGUUCAGUGGUGUCCCGCUAUGCUGUUACCACAGUCCAGAGCUCAGUGUGGAACCAGCUCCCCAUCAUCAAGGAGGCCGCCUUCGAGGUUGACCUGCCCUCCUCUGCCUUCAUCUCCAACUUCACCAUCACCUCCAAUGGCAAGGUGUACGUGGCCCAGGUGAAGGAAAGAGCUGCUGCCAGGAAAAUUUACGACGCUGCUAAGAAGCAAGGAAAAACAGCCGGGCUUGUCGCUACCAAAGAGAGGGAAAUUGAGAAGUUUCGCGUGGCGGUCAGUGUGCCGUCAGGAGCUCGGAUGUCCUUCUUCCUGUCCUACGAGGAGCUGUUACCUCGUCGACUCGGCCGCUACGAGCUCAGUUUGGGCCUGAGGCCUGGACAGCUUGUGCAGAACCUCUCGUUGGAUGUUUGUAUAACAGAGAGGACAGGCCUUAGUUUUAUUAAGGUCCUUCCUCUCAAGACCAGCCGGCUGCUCUCCAACGCAGCUCAAGGAAAUACAGAAGCUCCUGCCUCCACUCAUGUUGACCAAAGCGGUAGCUGUGCUCGUGUUCACUACAGUCCAACUCUACAGCAGCAGAGCAGCAUCUCCCCCAAGGGUCUUAACGCUGACUUCAUCAUUCAGUAUGAUGUAGACCUCAGAGACCUUAUGGGUGACGUCCAGGUGUAUGAUGGCUACUUCGUGCACUACUUUGCACCCAGAGGGCUUCCUGUGGUUCCAAAGGAUGUUAUAUUUGUCAUUGAUGUCAGUGGUUCAAUGAUAGGCACCAAGAUAAAGCAGACCAAGCAGGCCAUGACCACCAUCCUCGGGGACCUCAGAGAGGGAGACCACUUCAACAUCAUAACCUUCUCAGACAAGGUUCACACCUGGAAGAAAGGCAGAACGGUGCGAGCAACUCGGCAGAACGUACGAGAUGCCAAAGAAUUUGUGAAGAGGAUAAUUGCCGAAGGAUGGACCAAUAUCAAUGCAGCUCUGCUUUCAGCUGCCCAGCUUGUCAACCCUCCACCCUCUGGUUCUUCCAGUCGCCUCUCAUCUCACCGUGUCCCUCUGGUCAUUUUCCUUACUGAUGGGGAAGCAACUAUUGGAGUAACAUCUGGUGACACCAUCCUCAAUAAUGCCAAGAAGGCUUUGGGCUCAGCCUCUCUUUUUGGCCUUGCCUUUGGAGAUGAUGCAGACUUCCUUCUGCUCAAACGCCUGGCUCUGGAUAACCGAGGUGUAGCCAGGAUGGUGUAUGAGGAUGCAGAUGCAGCCUUGCAGCUGAAGGGCUUCUAUGACGAAGUAGCCAGCCCUUUGCUUUCAGACAUCCAGCUGUUGUACUUGGACGAUCAGGCUUUUGACAUCACCCGCUCCCUGUUCCCAAAUUACUUCCAAGGGUCUGAGUUGGUUGUGUCUGGGAGGGUUAAACCAGGGGUCAGAGAUUUAAAGGUCUCUGUGUCUGCAACAGAUUCAAAGCAGCGUGUGAAGUUGGAGAGUGAUGUUCCAAUUUCCCAUGCAAAAGGUAAUGCGUGUGCAGAUUCACUGGACUGUUCAGGAGGUUUAGAUGGAAUCUCCAGCUUUGUGCAUCGUCUCUGGGCAUAUUUCACCAUUAAAGAGCUGCUACUGGCCAAACUGAAUGCAACAGACCCUGCAGCUCAGAGGUUACUGGCAGAAAAAGCCACCAACCUCUCGCUCAAGUAUAACUUCGUAACACCAGUCACUUCUUUAGUCGUAGUUAAGCCAGAUGCAGAUGAAGCAACUCCAACCACUGUGAAAUCCACCACCGCUGCCACUAUAACUACAACAGCAACACCUACUGCCACUACCAAAAAAUCAGCUGCUGGUGCUGUGAAGAAGCCCAGCUCACCAUUCAACUCAAAGCCUAACAAACCAAAACCCAGUCUGCCUCAGCCACCUCCAAAUACCUUACAACCUAAAAAGAACUCGUCGUCGACCCCCUUGGCAAAACCAGUAGUUUUGCCAUCCAAGAAAGCAACUACAACUGCAAUUCCCAGCCCUGCCAAAACUCCCCCGACGCCGUUAUCUGGUAAAAAGCCCAGUCCUUCCCAAAAUGAUCUGAAAACUGCCGCUCCCCCUCCAGCUGGGAAGAUAUCCACCUCUCCGCUUAAUGCUCUAAAAACAGCACUGCCUCCUUCACCUGGAAAAGUCUCCACUCACCCGCAUAGCACCGUGAAAACCACCACCCCUCCACCAGCCACCACAGUGCUCACAUUCACCCCCAGUACCUCACGGCCACUCAGAACUGACCCUGCACCCCUACCCGGGAAACCCCUCACCCAACAGCACGCCGCAGUGACAACACCUCAGCCUCCUGUUAAAGGGACCGGCCCGUCCACAGAGGCAGAGAACAGCACCACAUCUGCUCCGGACAAGCCUGAAAUCACUACCGCCUUGCCUGAGCCAUCUCCUACGCCCACCUCUCCCACUCCAGCCCCGGCUCCAGCAGUAGACGUCAACAACUCAAACUCGGACACUGACAUGGACCAGAACAUCGCCACCCUGCUGUCAGCUACCUUCGCUCCCAUGCCCGGGGUCACAGAUGGGCCUCGGGUCUGGGAAGCAGCAGGACUCCUGGAUGUCUCUACUUCCAUUCAGAUUCAGAGAAAAGAUAUUGAUCUUGUGAAAGACUACGAUGCAACCUAUGACUACGACUACGACCUCAGCUUUGAUGCCUGGGACGAUACUGCUGACACUGGGUCGUUUGUGCUUGGGAGUGAGGAGGACUGUCCUUUAGUUGAAUGUCUUGUGCUUUUAGAACCGCCAUCCAGAAUGAGCACCAUCAGGGUCUUCUCCUCUUCAGUUGAUGGAGAUCCUCAUUUUGUGGUUCAACUCCCAAAGCUGCAUGAGAACCUGUGUUUCACAGUCGACGGCAGGGCUGAUGAUGUUCUCAGGCUGCUGGAGGACCCAGAAAGAGGGAUCAUUGUGGAUGGCCAUCUAAUGGGGGCCCCCUCCAAGCCCGGUGUAGAGGACCGACCAAGAACCUACUUUGACCAGCUCACCAUCUCCUCAGCCAGCUCUGGCGACAUUAUGAUCACGCUGUCAUUGGACGCUGUGGUGGUGGAAGGGGAAGGACGGGAUACCCUUCCCAUCAAUCAGCAGGGAUCGGUGACAAGGCAGGGUGUGACGGUCACCCUGGACAACCAUUGGAGCUGCUGGAUCAAGCUGACCAAGGGCGUGCAGUUCCUGGUCCUAUUCCACCGCUAUAAACACCCGAGCUACCUCCAGAUGGCUCACCUGGGCUUUUACAUCACAGAUGGACGAGGGCUUUCUGCCUCAACCCAAGGCUUACUGGGCCAGUUUCAGCAUGCUGACAUAAGUGUGACAGUGGUAAAAGACCAUCUGGAUGGAGGUGCUCACCGAGCCAACCGGGAGGAGAUAUUGGCCAGGGGGAUCCUGAGGUGGGGAUCAGAGCACAUGCCAGUCACCUUGCAAGACAAGACGCUGAAAGACUCGGUGAGAAAACGCCACACAGGCAAGUGCUGGGUGGUGUCAAAGGCAGAGAUAAAGAGACUACUGGGUCAUUCAUACGAGAGCUACGUGGUGAAUCAUGUGUAAUUCUAGCCGAGUCAGCUCGACCUCGGCGUCUCUCCGCUGCACGGCUCAGAUCACAGCAGACAUCAUGGCAUGGAUAUCACACAAAGGAAAACUGGGAGUUCACUGGACUGAAAUGACAUGUUGCUAGUCGCUCAAAGAGGUUCUGUAAGGAGCGCAGGUGUGGUUGCAAAACAGGAGAAGAGGGUGUGACAGACUGCAGCGAAAAAUAAAGUCGCAAUGAGGAUUUACGGUCGCACGAAUACGGUGAAUGUCUGAAUGGAGUCUUUGUGCCUUCUCCAUCACUGAAUUUGAACUGAAUUCAAUCUCUGUGUUCUGGAGACGCGAUGUUCUCUCUGUCGCAUGGCAACUACAAAAUGUCCAUUUGUGCUGCAGCAGUUUGCGCUUGCUCCAAAACGUCUUCCACACAAACUCAGCUCACAAGUUAUUAUUCAGAUUAUCCUUUAAUUUCCACAUGGAGUGAUUAUUCUUUUUCUCUUUGAGACCCAUUUGUAAUUAUCAUUGUUCAGUAAGUUGUAUUUUUUUAGUACAAGUGUAUAUAAAAUAUUAAUGUAUGUAUGUAUAGACAAACGUUACUCACCUCGGUGCAGUGUCACAGCUGCAUCUUGAGAAACAAAAUCCAGAUCCAGGUUUGCCAUGUGCUUUUUAUUUUUCUAUCAUUUCAUUCAUAGUUUAAUUCAUUUUAUUUGUUACACAAGACAUUAGGCAUUGUUCACGUACUAGUGAUCAAACAAGGACAGUAAGUUUUCUACUACUCAGCCUGAACUAUUUCUUUUUGUCGAUUUCAAAGGAUAUUGUGAAUGGAGGUUUUUAAAGGCCAUACUGGAUGGAAAUUAAAACAGUACAACCACACACGAGGCUUUUGUUUUCAAUAAAUUAAAGAAAGGGGACAGUAUCAGAUGCCGAGAAAGGGUAGUGGGGUACAAUGAGCUUCAAAUAGAGUUAUGUUCAAGGAGCAGUUUUCCAGUUUUAUCAGAUAACAUGUUUCCAGGAUGAAGACCACACGAUGUUGCAUGAUGUACAGUGUGAGAGUGUGUGAGAGUACACAGCUGUCUGUGGCCGACCGUCGCUGUUUUUCCUUCCAUCAAAACCUGUUUCUUAGGAAUGCGAAUAAUCAUCUUAAAUCGUGAUGCACCACUGGAAUGAUCACUAAAUAAGGUAAACAUGACACGGCAAAUAACAAACAAAAACAAAUCAUUUUCUGUGUGCAUCACUUUUUUUUUUCCUCAGAACAUGAACUAAUAGCAUAGCAUAUUCAGCAUUUGACGUGAACCUUUCCACAAUACGUCAGCAAAAUUCAAAUAAAUAGAGCAUAAGACACAUCAGCACCCCAAGCCUAACCUUGUUUAGAGUUAAGAGAUUGGUUGUGGUGGAUAAAUGCAACUGCUUCGGCUCUUCAAAGGUAACGAUCUGUUUGUUUUUGGGUGUGUAACAAGCCAAGCCGCAGAUCAAUCUGGUUCUAAGUGUGCACUGCUGCGAUAUGAGAAACGCUCAGGUGUACGGUAACACUCCUGAUACAGUAGGAAACGAUAUCCCUUCUAUAGUACUCAGUCAGCUCUGCAGGGCUACAUACGCCAUCAAUGUGAACUUUAGAUGUUGUCAGUGAGCUUUGCCAAUAACAGAAACACCAGUUUUGGCACAAGACUGACCUGCGACUGCCUGUUCGUUAAAACAAAGCAGUCAAUUUAUUCUGAAAGGGCCCGAACAUUAGAGUCAGACCCCAAGUUAAGGCUACAACCAAAUAAAAGCAUCUCGGUUUGUACUCACCAGGCGGCACUUUGUAACUGUGGCUUCACCCUUUUGCAAUGCUACAAAGUUGUUGUUUUUUUUUAAAUGGUGGGAGUGUAUCCAGCUUUUCCUUCUCUCACACACCUACGGAUUUUGUCCUAAGGGGAAUGAUUUAUCUCAAUGACAAACACAAAGGUUGAAACAACCAAGACACAAUCUGGUGCGUUCACUAUGAGCCAAAAUUUCAGUCUCCGCUCUCUUCACUCAAAAGUGAAACUUUCUAAAAGUCCAAUCCACAACAUUCCCUGCAUACAUUCUUCUACCCAAAGCACACUUCCUCACAUCUCAUCCUUCUUCAUCACUCCUUCCAGAUCAUAAUCCUCUCCGAGCCCCUUCUGCUCCCGACGUUCCCUUUAUUUUAUUUGUAUUUUUUGUUCCCAACUUGAAGACCACAGUUUCAACCUCUGCUCUGUAAACUUCAUAACUUCAGCCAGUGAAAUGUGCACCGAAUAUAUAGAAAUAAAACUCUUCAAUAAUUUAAAAUGUUAGAACGUAAACUAUUUCAAAUUGAAAACUGACAUACACACGACAGAGAUAAACAAAGGAACGGUUGUUUUUUUGGGGAGAGAGGUUGGGGUGGGGGGACAGUUAAUAGUCACUGGUUAGCUUGCCUGCUAGCACAGGGAACACAACAGCAUUGCAAAGUGAGCACUAUCAGUUGACAGAACAGCCCAUUUAUAUGUAACUUUUCAUCACAUUUGUUUGUUGUUUUUUUUUUUUUUUUGCCCAAC